AUGGUUUGUGUCAUCAUUUUCUUAUCAAGUGUUAUUGAAAACAACAGAUGUACUUGUGGACAAUUCCAGCUUGAUGAGCUUCCUUGUGCACAUGCUUUGGCGGCUUUGAGGCACAGGAACGAGUCUUAUGAAAACUAUUGUUCUCCUUAUUACACGAGGGAGAGUCUUUUGAAGACUUACGAAAUACCAGUAGAGCCGCUCCCUGACGAAAGCAAAUGGAAUGUGCCACAACAUAUAGCUGAAGAAGUUGUAAUGCCACCCACUGGGAAAAGACAGUCAGGGAUACCUCAAAACAAAGAUACAAACCAUGAAGUAAAUGCAAAGAAGUACAAGGUUUCAUGUGAAAACCGCGGAGUAGAAGGGCAUAACAAAAGAUCUUGUAGGAAUGCUCCCAAAAGGAAAUUAAAACUGAUACAGUAA